CCUCAAGUUGCCCAUAUAGUGCACAUAAGCUAGUAUAACAAUUGUAUAUAAACCCACCUAAACUCAUCAACAACACCACUACACCUAGCUCUCUCAGACCACUAAAAGCUGAUCAUCAAUAAGUAAUAAGUGAUAUAUAGCUACUUAUGAGGAUGAUUCGCAUUCUCUUCCUUGUAGUUUCUAUUCUCUUCUCCUCCUCAAACGCUCUCACCCAGGACUUCUGCGUGGCUGACGUGAAAGCGGUGGACACCCCAGCAGGCUAUCCUUGCAAGAACCCGGCUCAUGUCACCGCUGAGGAUUUCGUCUUUGAUGGCCUCAAAAUGUCCGGAAACACAACCAACAUUAUCAGUGCCGCCGUGACGCCUGCAUUCGUGGCUCAAUUCCCUGGUCUCAAUGGCCUUGGCCUGUCCAUGGCUAGGCUCGACCUGGCGCCCAAAGGAGUCAUCCCGUUCCACACUCACCCCGGGGCUUCGGAGAUACUAGUGGUGCUGAGAGGUGCUAUUACGGCCGGUUUCGUAUCAUCGGCGAACUCGGUUUACGUGAAGACACUUAGGAAAGGAGAGGUCAUGGUUUUCCCACAAGGGUUGCUCCAUUUUCAAUUGAAUACUGGUAAAAGCCAUGCCAAUGCUUUUGUUAGCUUCAACAGCCCUAACCCUGGUCUUCAAAUCCUUGAUUUUGCUUUGUUUGCGAAUAACUUGCCCUCUUCGUUGGUGGGGGCGACCACUUUCCUCGACCUUGCUCAAAUCAAGAAGCUCAAGGGUGUUCUUGGCGGAUCCGGCUAAGGUUUCGAAGAAUAUUUAUGUGAGGGGAAUUUUUUUGUUUGUUUGUUUUAGUUAAUUAUUUGUGCAUGAUUUUAUGUCUAGUACGUGUAUAUAUACGUACUUACGUAUAUAUAGUUCGUCGAUUGAUUAUAAGUCAUUUCGUUUUAAGAGUAAUAAUCGGUUUCAGCUGUUUCAUGCAUGCCAAUUAUGAUUCAUUAAAUUAAUUAUGAUGAAUGAUUAUUUAUGGAUUUUUUUAAUGAUCAUUUUUUUUCUUGUCAA